AUGAAAUUCAAGAUUGCUCAUGCAGCCAUAUGGAGUCUCGGCGCGAUGGCCGGUGUCAUCGCCCAAAGCUCAUCUUGGCCAAACGGGCCAUUUCACACGGAUGGAAAGUACAUCAAGAACGCGAGCAACGACACAAUCAAGAUCGCUGGGAUAAACUGGGUAGCUCACGGAGAGGUCAUGAUUCCAGAAGGUCUGCAGCAUAGAUCCAUCGAGGACAUUGUCAGUCAGAUGACCAGUAUUGGGUUCAAUGCUAUUCGUCUCACAUACGCAACCCAAAUGAUUGACCAAAUGAUGGAAAACUUUGAGAAGGACAUCACGUUGGAGCAGGCAUUUCACUGGGCUUUGGGGACCGAGAACGGCACGAAAACGUUGGACCAGGUCCUUACUCGUAAUCCGUCCUUUUCGAAAAACACAACUCGUCUUGAGGUAUUCGAUGCUGUCGCCGAAGAAUGUGCACGUCAACAAGUUUACAUUCAUUUGGACAACCAUAUGUCGCGUGGGACUUGGUGCUGCUCAGGAACAGAUGGUAAUGGCUGGUGGGGAGACAGAGACUUCGACGUCGCCAAAUGGACUCGUGGGCACGCAUUUUUGGCGACUCAUGGAAAGAAGUGGCCUGCCUUGAUAUCAAUUGCUCUGCGGAAUGAAGUCCGAAAGGUGCUCACAGACCUUCAUCUCCGAGAUGAAGCCUACAACUGGGCAGGUUGGUAUGAGUAUAUGCGUCUUGGCGCCGAUGCCAUUCACACCGCCAACGAGGACGUCAUCGUUGUGUUUGGAGGAAUAAGUUACGGCCACGUUAUCGACCCCGUGUUCAGACAAGAAGCUCUAACGCCAGGCGAGAAGCGAUUUGACAGGGCUGAUUUCGUCGGGUAUGGCGACUCUAAGAUCGCUCUCGAGAUCCACAACUACGACAACGCCAAAGACAGCUACGGAAACAUUCAGUACACGCUGUACUUUGAUGGGUUCCAAGGCAUGAACGCGACAGAUGCAGAUACGAAAGAUGUUUACCCGGUUAUGCUCACCGAGUUUGGACAUGCAAUGGAGGGAGAAGCCUACAAUGAGUCACUGACUUUCCGUUCCGUUCUGAGGGAUGUCUUACCUGAAGCUGGUCUAUGGUUUCAAUGGGUGUUAUGCGGCAGCUAUUACUACAGAAUGUUGCGAGGAGAGAGGAAAGACGAGGAGACGUGGGGCUUGUUGAAUGCGAACUGGACUGCUUGGAGGAACGAAGAGUUCAUUAACGACUGGCUUAAGCCUCAAAUUGAGGCAACACUGUCUCGCUAG